AAAAUUUUCAGCAUUGAUUUUUAUUUCAGAGAUGUCUGCUGCCAAGAAGCGAGGAACAGGAUUGCCUGUCUAUCAUCCUCCUGACGCUAGGUUUCAGAAUGGCAACCGAGUCUACAAGAUUGUAAUGCUCGGCCAAGGAGGCGUGGGGAAAUCAGCUCUGACGCUUCAGUUUGUGAUGCAUACAUUCCAAGAAGAUCAUGAUCCCACAAUUGAGGAUGCCUAUCAAAAGAGAGCUGUCAUUGAUGGUACUCCAUUCCUUCUUGAUGUACUUGAUACUGCAGGACAGGAUGAGUUCACUGCAAUGAGAGAGCAGUACAUGAGAGGAGGUGAAGGGUUUCUAAUGGUGUACUCGGUCACUGAGAAGAGAAGCUUCAAAGAAUUAAGAAGAUUCCGAGAGACGGUGAACAGAGUUAGACACUGCAACGACGUCCCGAUAAUUGUAGUCGGCAAUAAGUGUGACCUGUCAGCUCGGAGAGAGGUGACAACUGAGGAAGGGCAAGGCUUGGCUAAAGAGUUCAAUUGUCCUUUCUUUGAAACGUCAGCUGCUCUAAGACUAAAUGUCGACGAGAUAUACCACGAGAUAGUUAGAUGCAUACAGAAGAAGGAGCUAAGGGAUUACAAUGAGAAGGAAGGGAGUUCAGUUCAGACUACCAACAACAAAGAUACUAGCAAUAGAAGUGGUGGACUCCUCUGCUGCAGUAGACCUCAGACUGAUUCGUAAUAUCUAUAAACUCCUUUAAAAUAUAACUAUUAUUAUUAUUAUUAUUAUGAAUGAUUAUGUGUAUUUUAAUUGCCUUCUCGCUGUCAAAUUUUUAUCAAUUAUUAAUUAAUAAUAAUAAGAUUAUAACAACAACAAGAGAAAUAUUUAUUGACGU